AAUAUACAACAAGUAAUUGUGUUGCAAGCAAUGAAGGCAAUCGUGUGUAUUUUGCUGGCCCUUACGGCCUCCGCAGCUGCCUAUGAGGUGGAUGUGCUUAGCGAGCAGGAAUGGAAUAAUCUUGUCGAGAAGCAUCCUGUUCAGCCCGAUGCGCAGGGCUUGAUAUUGAACUCCCAAGCUAAGAAGGCGGUAAAGAAUUUAAUGGAGCAACUGCCCUGUGGUUUUCCCGAAUACGGUAUUCCCCCACUUGCGCCCUAUACCAAUGCUGAUUUGAAUGUACACUUGGCCCAGUCUGUGGUGGAAUCGCUGCUGCAGAUGUUGCGUUUCCGUUUCGAUGGUUUGGAGCAAAUGCAGAUUAAGAAGUUGAAGGUCAGCUAUACUUUCAGCAAGAAGGUCAAGUUCCAUUUCAAUUUCAAGGAACUUAAAGCGAGCGCACAUGUGUUGAACACAGACACCUUUGUGGAUCUGCUAAAGGAAUUGGGUUUGUCGGUGCGAUAUGAGGGCACUGGACCGUUGUCUUUCUCACUGGAGAAUCUUUCGAUACAGGGACAGUUCAAGUACAAGAUGCCUUUCAUCUUUGGCUCCAUUAAGAUUUACAAAUUCGAGUGUGUGGUGGGUUUGGGUGGCGUCAAGUCUCAUAUUGGUGGUGUGCUGGGUAAUGGACGCUACAACGAGAUGGUCAAUGACAUUAUCGAGUAUGAAGUGCCUGCCUUUAUUAACGGACGUCAAAAGCAGAUUAGCGACAAGAUUGAGUCCCUAUUUGUGCCGUUUGUCAAUGAGAAACUCAAGGGUCACAAGAUUUGGUAUCUGUUGGGCCAGCUGGGCGGCUCCACCAAGAAGUGUAAUCCAACACCAGCUCCUUGGCUAGCUCAGGAAUAACAAGUGUGCCAAAUUUGCUAAAAAUAUAGUAUAUACAUAUUUGUGAAUAAA